AUGCUCAACGAGCCGUUCAGCCGCGGGCUGUGCGUCCUCAUCAUCCUCGUCCAGUACCUCGCGAUCUGGCUCGACCGCACGCUGCUCUACUCGUCGCCACGCAUCGAUCUCUCGCUUGUGACCGACGACGACUACGCGUCACCCGACAAGAUUGGCCGCAUCGCCAACCACCAAGCGCUCCUCAUCCUUCACCGCAGACGUCGGAGCUUUUCGCGCUCGCAGCUUGAGAGCCUCGGUCCGCUCGUGAGUUUAACCGUCCUCACCGUCGGCAGCACACUUGUACCGAGCGUCGUCCAGUGGCUUGUCGUACUCCCAAGCGUUGUGCUCGUGGCCUAUGUGAUUCUCUGGCUGGCGCUCGACAAGCUCCAGGCCGACGACGAGGUCGCGCAGUGGGAGGCGUGGGAAGCCGCCAGCGUCGCCGCGCGCCAGGCCAAGUCCGCAGCCUAA